ACAUAUACUCGAGUAAAAUAGCAUAUUAAAAAAUUUCAAUAUUUUCAUGGACAUAUGAAAAAGAUUAUUAAAAUUUUCACCCUGUAUAAAGAAUGUAAUACAAAGAAAUAAUUUUAUAUACAACAACAAUUGCAAAAUUUGAAACAAUUCUGAUAACUGGUUUUUAUUUUGCAAUUCAUUAUUUUUUUUUGUCCUAUAUAAUAAAUAACUAAUAGAAAUUAAACAACUUGUUUUUUUGUACUUGCGAUUUGAUAAUAUAAUAUAAUUUUAAACCACGAACUCUAUAGGCAAGCAAACGUCCCAAAUCAGUUCUUUACAGAAAAUACCUUCCACUUUAUAAUUUUUUUCGAUCAAAUAAAAAAUAAGAGAAAUACAACGAUUUUUUUUAUAAUGAAAUCCUCAGACGCUAAAAUGGACACCUCAACUUUACUAACCUCCCAUGAUGACCAAAAAAUCAGAGCAUUACUACGACAAAGGUCUUUGUUUUUUUGGUUAGAAUUAAAUAAACGAAAAUCAAAUACUAUAGCACGACUUUACGAAAAUACGGUGAUAAAAGGAAAAUUUGAGGCAGUAGAUGCGAAUGAAACAAGCUUUCGGUUUGAAAAUUGGGAAUCACCAGUUGGAACUUACGAUCACGUAGUUAUACGUGGCAGUGAUAUAGAAGUUUUAGAGUUUGAAUUUACUAAAUAAUAAAAUUAUAAUUUUAUUUACUUUAUUAUUUAUCGUCAUCGUCACUUCCCUCAUCGUCUUUAUUUUUCUCUCCUUUUUCUGCCAUUCUUUUCUUUUUCUCUUCAAUUUUUUGCAUUAAAUUCUUUGCGGUAUUAAAUAUACCAUUUGUUGGAGCUCCACAAGAAUAACAUUUUGGACUUUUAGUAAAAUUCUGUAAAGCACAUCGUUCACAGA